ACGAAUGCAAAAUGGCAUUUCAAAUGAUAAAAUCGGCAUUGGAUGGCAAUGGACAUAAUCAUCACAACAGUGGCGUCAUUCUAACAAAAUAUGAACCCAAGUUGAAUUCUGGAUCCUGGGACGAGCCAAUACCCGCACCCGUACAUUUGAGUUCUAAUAACAACAGCAACACGACUACAACAACGGCUCAAUUACAUAGCGCUACCGCUUUAUUACACACGGAUCCAUUGAAAAAUUCACGAACUGCUUAUAACGGCUUACAUCCGCUGAUAAUACCCAACGCUAGUACCAUAGCAUCAGUUAAUACACUUCAACAUCAGCACCAUCAUCAUCACCACCACCAGCACAGUAAAAGUUGUGGAAGCCCGUCUAGUGCGGGCAUUGGUAAAGUACACGAAGCGGAACAUACGGCCACCAUAGCCGUUACCGGCAGCACAAUUGCCGGCGGAAGUUUUAGCACCAACGGCGGCUCAGCGGCCGUUGGUGGUGUUAUCACAACCACAUCAGCAACAACAAAUAGUGCAACAAAAAAACGUCUCGAACACAACAACUCAACACGUACACUGCACUCCGAAAAUAGCUGGUGCUCAGACCAGUCAGAACAGGACUUAAGUUCCACAUUUAACUCUACAGCUACAACAGCCACAGUUGCCAAUACCUCCGACGAGGAGGCAGCGGUAACUGAAGACGAACGCAACGUGACUUCUUUAAGCGCACCAAAUCAACGCAAUUCUCAAUUGCGUUCCACCUUCAAUAGAGCCAAACAGCAUCUGUCCUUCGACAAAUGGCGCUCGAGCUCUUCCAACGCUGGAAACGCAGCCAACAACAAUUCAGCGAACUAUACAGCCAAUUCGUUGAACGGUGUCGCUGAUAGCAACGGUACAUUGACAAGAAGGGCAAGUGCCUGUACAAUGCCAACAGCACAUCAGCCACCGCGUGAGGAUAUAACAACACCAGGUGAAUCACCUGGUGGGCGUUUAUCGCGUUGGUGGUCAAUCAGACGUGGCUCAUCACAUCAAUAUGAUGUUGGUGGUCGUGAUGGUCGCCAGUCAUCAUCGUCCAGUAUUGAUAUACCAGAUGCGGCAGCUUGUAAUGAACAACAUGCUUCACCGCAGAAAAUGUCGAAUUAUAAUUCAACAAAUCCAUAUAAAAUGCCUGGUGUACCAGAAAAUGAAGAUGAUGACACUAUAUCAUUAUCAGCAUCCACAUUACGUUUUGAUGUUGAUUUAAUGAUACCGCCUGGAAGUCGCGCAAAUGGCACUGCACGCACAGCACAUACACGACUGAUUACACCUACACUACCACCAGCGCCACCAGGUCUUUCACAGCAGCAACUGAAAAGACGCCAUAUUGUGGCCGCCAUUGUACAUAGUGAAAAUUCAUAUGUGGCAACCCUGCAACGUCUAGUCAAUGAUUACAAACAACCACUCGAAGAAAGCAGUCCACCAGUAUUGAGCGCUGCCAAAAUAUCAACGCUAUUUCAUCGUCUACCCGAAAUUUUACACUCUCACAAAUUGUUUCGCAUUGCCUUAGCCGAAUGCGUACGAAAUUGGGAUCGAGAUGAAAAAUUGGGUGAUUGCUUUGUCAGUGCAUUCAGCAAACCACGUAUAUUGGAAAUCUAUUCCGGUUUUAUUAAUAAUUUCUCAGCGGCCAUGGAACUCGCCAAAAUGGAAGAGAAACGCAAAUCAGCUUUAGCGGAUUUCUUCAAAGUGAAACAGAUCAGUGCCCAUGAUCGCUUAUCAUUCUUUGGUUUAAUGGUGAAACCAGUACAAAGAUUUCCACAAUUUAUACUCUUUCUACAGGACUUAUUAAAAUACACACCACAAGGACAUCAUGAUCGUAUGUCUUUACAAUUGGCUUUAACACAAUUAGAACUAUUGGCUGAAAUGUUAAAUGAACGCAAACGAGAGGCCGAACAAUAUCAGGGUUUCAAAGAAAUGUUGGGUCAUAUUAGCGGUACAUUCAAUACACGUUCACUUACCUCGAAUGAUGGCAAUCGUCCACGUUACUUAUUGCGUGAAGAUAAUGUUACACAUAUGGAAUUUAAUCAAGCUGGCUUUAUUGUGAAGUCGAAACAGAGACGUCUAUUGUUGCUGAAUGAUAAGGUGAUUUGCGUUUCUGUGGCUCCAAAACAAUCACAUGAUUUCGGUGCUACAGAAAAACUCAGUUUCAAAUGGAUGUAUCCGGUUACCGAUGUUGAAAUUGUCGAUAAUAGUACUUCUGCAACAUUAUCGAGAAUAUUAACUGCAGGUCUUAAUCGUGGUGGAAGUCUAAAAUCGAAUAGCAGUUCAUGCAACAAUAGUACAACCAACACUUUACCCAUUAACACAUCUUAUACAUCAAGUUCUCUUGAAAAUUCACCAGCAGCUCAACUCACAAACGGCGCUGAUAAUCUCUGCAAUGAAAUGAGCACUCUAAUGUACGACUAUGAAAUAAUCUCACGCAUACACGAUCUCGUCGGCAGUCUAAAAGGCACUUACAAGGAACUUAACUCGAAUAUAACCAGAAAUGUUUUAAACACAAUACAAGGAUCAAUACAACGUAAAAAUGAAGAAAUAUCCUGGGUUGAUUCAUGCUGUUUGCAAAUUAUUGCACGCAGUAAAUCCGGUAAAGAGGAAACAUUCACAUUCCAGACCCAGACUCCCAAUGUGAAGAAGGAAUGGAUAACCGAAUUACGUUUAGCACAAUUGGCUUUAGAUCCAAAUAAUUCUCCCGCUUGGGAAGCAUCCUCUACGGAGCCCAUCAAUACCUACGAACAACAACAGCAGCAACAGUUGCAACAAAAACAAACCAAUAAAAUGCCUUUGUUUGUUAAAGCGUUGCCCGUUUAUAAGUCACAGCAUCAAACGGAGGUUCGCUGUGGAUGUUACUAUAGCAUCGCAAAUGACAUUAAGGUCACUGGUAAUUCUCGUCGUCGGUUUAAGCAACAGAACUAUUUGUGGGUUUGCACUAGUGAUGGUACCUCUUCACACAUCGCCAUACUCUCACAACAUCACCAGCAGGCUGGUAACUUGCGAGAUGUGGGCGCUUUUGAUUUAUAUGAAACUCAAGUGUCGGCUAUGGAAUUUGUUAAGGGUUUGGACAAUUGUAAAACACGAGAGGAAUAUAACAGUCUAUUGGGUGAUCUCAUUUGGAUGGGCACAGAUAGUCGCAAAAUAUUUAUUUAUUCUGCACAAAAUCCAGAGCAAGAGGAACAAUUGGGCUGUUGUACAGUACCUGGCGCCGUAAUGAAAAUUCUGUAUCAUUUUGAUGCAGUCUACGUCGCACUCUCGAAUGCCACAAUGUUAAUAUAUAGACGCUCAUAUGAUGGUGUAUGGAUGUUAAAAGAUCCACAAUUGGUACAAUUAGGUGAUACAGGCUUAGCAGUACCAUCACUUUUGCCUAUUAAUAUGAAUAUUUAUGCUUCAUGUGCAAACCGUGUUUAUGUUUUGAAUGCAUUAAACGGUGAAAUACAAAAGAGCUUUGAAGUACAACACGGCGCCAGUCAACAAGUCAAUCUAAUGGCACACUCAGGCAUUGGUUUAUGGAUUUCUUUGAAGAACUCAACAGUUCUGUGUUUGUAUCACACUGAAACAUUUAAACAUUUGCAGGAUAUCAACAUUGCAUCCAGUGUACUACGUAAAGAUGGCAAGAAAGAGCAAACGGUAAAUAAUAGCUCAAUAUAUGUGACAGCUUUAAUGGCUUGCAAAGGUCUUUUAUGGGUUGGAACAAAUGUUGGCAUCGCAGUCACAAUACCACUGCCUCGUUUGGAAGGUGUACCAAUCAUAAGUGGCGGCAUAAGCAUGUCAUGUCAUGCACAUUUUGGUCCUAUCACCUUUUUACUACCAUUGUUACCUAAAGUAUAUUCAAGCUACAAACCACCACCAGCACAAACACUACCAACCACAGUUACCACAGAAGCCAGUAUACCAACGCCACCACCCAGUAUGGGUGAUGAUUUACAAUUGCCCGCAAUAGAUGCUGAUCCCAAAAAACUGACUGAAGAAGAUCUAGAUGAAUCUACUGUUAUACUAAGGCGUGAUUUGCCAAAGGAUGACACCGGAUCUGGGGCGGCAUCACCUUCAGCCUCAAUGUUGCGUGAUUUAAGCAUUGAUGUAGACUCUGUCGCUUCAUCACCGCGUAGUUCUAAAUUAGACAAACAAAACUCACUCGAUCAGUCUUUUUCAGCUAAGAUACGUGCUUCACUCGCCAAUUCGCCAGCUUUUCACCGCAAACGCUUUCGUGAUUUGUCCGCAGAAUCAUCACGGAUGUCAAAAACAUUGCCACGUGGUUUGGGCGCAUCUGCAGGCUACUACAACGCGAACAUACACUCUAACACGAGUACUUUAAAUCACAGCGAACACGGCUAUUGUGACGUAUAUGGUUUAUAUGGCAAGUUGAUUUUCGUUAAAGAGGACUACGACACAGAAGAAGGCACAAAAGGUAAUCUCAUGGAUAUGAUGUAUGAAGGCAUGCGACGUUCUGAUCCAGAACUGGCAGCCAUACCCGGUAAAGUAAGCACACUUGAUAGACGCUUACGUAUGAAGGCAUCACGACCACGUUCACUGGACUUAUCAAAUUGGUCAGUAGAUUCAAAAUCAUCCAGUUUAUAUACCUCAUCAGGUAGUGAAGAAAGCAUGGGUAUACGUUUAUUUGGCGGUCGCUCAGUGUCACGCAAUAGUAGCAGUGCUAGUCACAAAACUUCUGGCAAUGGCAGUGAUUUAGGUAACAUAUCAGAAAAUGGACUUAUGACAACUGCCGAAAUACACCAACAUAGUACACCCAAGUCUGAAGAUGGUUUCAAACUUAUGCUAAAUGAUUGCAAGCAAACAAUGAAAAUACCUGGUGGUACACCAACUAAUACCAAUGCUGCAUCUGCGAAUGCAGUUGCACCAGCCGUUGCAACACUAAAACGUAAACAGAAACAGAAUGCAAAACAACAGCAACAGCAACAAAAUGCCGAUGGACCGCGUACAGUGAUAACUUUAAUGGGUGGACGUGGCUAUUGGCGGCAUGUCUGGUACAAUAACUCCAAUUCACCAGGACAUAAAGCAGCAACAUUAAGCAGUGGCACUUCAUCACCACUUAUUGCCAAUUCAAACGAUGCACACAUUGUGGUGUGGGAGAAAAAGUUAUAAUCGGAGGAGUUUCAGUGGCGCCCGAUACAACGUAUUGAGCGUCGCGGUCGUGUGAGAUUUCGUGGUAGUUUUAUUGUGCGAGAACGUGAGCGCAGCGCUGGUGCAAUCAGCCCAG